AUGCCUUACCCCCCGAGCCCACAAUUCGCCUUGCGCCCUGCUAUUGCUUUCGCAAAACACACCUCCCCAGAAAGCUGCUGGGUCGUCCUCCACGGCAAUGUCUACGACGUGACCGACUUCCUCCCCGAGCACCCCGGCGGAUCCCGCAUCAUCCUGCAGCUCGCCGGCCGCGAUGCCACGGCCGAGUACGACCCGAUCCACCCGCCGGGCACGCUCGAGGAGAACCUCAAACCCGAAGCCAAACUAGGCGUGGUAGACGCGGACAGCCUCAAACAAUUACAGCGGCAGGCCGCGCAGGGCCGACCGCAAGACGACGAACCCAAAACCCCUCCCCCACCGCUCGACACCCUCCUCAACCUCGACGAGAUCGAAGCCGCCGCCACCUCGCAAAUCUCCAAAAAAUGCUGGGCCUACUACUACUCCGCCUCGGACGACCUCCACACCAAAACGCUCAACAACCUCGCCUACCGCGCCAUCCUCCUGCGCCCGCGCGUCUUCGUCGACGUCACCCGCGCCAACACAUCCACCACCCUCCUCGGACACCGCGUCUCCACACCGCUCUACGUCUCCCCCGCCGCCAUGGCCCGCCUGGCCCACCCCGACGGCGAAGCCGGCAUCGCGCGCGGGAUAUCCCGCUUCGGCGCGCUGCAGCUGGUGUCGCACAACGCGUCCAUGAGCCCCGAGCAGAUCGUGGCGGACGCGGCGCCGGGCCAGCUGUUUGGGUGGCAGCUGUACGUGCAGACGAACCGGGCCAAGAGCGAGGCCAUGCUGGCGCGCAUCGCGCGCAUGCCGGACCGCUACAAGUGCGUGGUGCUGACGCUGGACGCGCCCGUGCCGAGUAAGCGCGAGCAUGAUGAGCGUGCCGCGUUGGAGGCGCGGUUGGUCAUGGAGGCGGCGAGGCCGCCGGUGGGGGCGGGGCAGAAGCCGGAUGUGGAUGCCGGGGUGGGGAAGAAGUUGUUUUUUGGGACGGCGGCGGACUUGACGUGGGAGACUACGCUGCCGUGGCUGGUGAAGCAUACGACGCUGCCGAUUGUGCUGAAGGGGAUUCAGACGCAUGAGGAUGCGUUUCUGGCGGCCCGGUACGCGCGGAAGCAUCCUGGGACGGUCAAGGCUAUCAUCCUGUCGAAUCACGGCGGCCGCUCGUUGGAUACCUCGCCGCCGGCGGUGCACACGCUGUUGGAGAUUAGGAAGUACUGCCCCGAGGUGUUUGAUACGAUAGAGGUUUGGGUGGAUGGGGGUGUCAGACGCGGGACGGAUAUCGUCAAGGCGCUGUGCUUGGGCGCAAAGGCGGUGGGUGUGGGGAGAGCGGCGCUUUGGGGGUUAGGCGCCGGCGGCUGGAAGGGUGUUGACCGGACGUUUGAGAUUCUACAAGGUGAGAUCGAGACAUGUAUGAAGAUGAUGGGCGCCAAGGACUUGUCGGAGCUUGGGUCUCGGUUUAUCAACACCCGUGCGGUAGAGCGAGAUAUUUUCGACGGCGACGCUGGCUUGGACCGGUCAGGGCUCUGGACGUCCUCCCGCGCCAAGCUCUGA